CCACACGACAAUCACAACAAUGCUCCCCCCAAUCUCCCCCGAAACCCUCUCGGCAAACCCCCUCUUUUCAACACUCUACACAGACCUAACAACCAACCACCUGAACCCAGACGCCAGCACCCGUCAUCCGCCCCCACUACCUUCACACAAUUCACAACCCCCCACCUCCUCGACCCUUGACCAAUCCCUCCGCACUUACAGAGCCGAACUAGCAAAACAACACCUGCUCCAAAACUCCUUAAAGCACACUACCCUUCGCACCCGACAACUACCAGAAGACCUUUCAGAGGUCCUCGACCUCCUCACCUCCUCCUCCUCCGCAAGCACCAACACCAAAAGCGCAAGCGCAAGCAUGUCCGAAGCGCUAUCCGUUUUCCAUGAUAACAUCCAACCCAUCGCGCACGAUAUUUCUCUAUUCCUAGAUCGGUCCGCUAAAGACCUAAUCUCACUUGUCCAGCCCGACCUAGAUGUAGAAGUGGGAACAGGGGGUGGGGGGGUAGCCAUGGCGAUAGACCACCUCCCGGCCAACGCCGCCCGUCUACGUACCCAGAUAUUUGCCAAUCACCAAUCGCUCGUCGCGCAGCGGGGCCGACUGGGCAGGCUAAUCCUCGAGGUUGCGGAUGGUUACGCCGCCUUCUCGUUGCGUGCCCUCUCGCAUUCCGCUUCUGACGGGGGCGCGUGCGGAGCCCUGCAGAAGGGGACGUUGGCGAAGGCGAUGUAUUUGUCCUUGCUUGCCGAGAGCAUGCGUGGGAAGGUUGGGGUUGUGCGGUUUGAUGCACUGGGUGAGGUGUAUGAUGAGGAGGCUGUUGGCGCGCUAGAGAAUUAUAGGGUGCACUUGACGGAUACGAAUCUGCGGCUUGUGGCUAGAAAGAGGGUUGCUGAGGGGGAGUUGGAGCGGUAUGGCGCUGCGGGGGCGGAUAUGGCUGGGCUUGUGGAGAGGUACGCCGCGCUCCUGCGCAGGAUUGAGAGUGUCGGGAGGGAUAUUAGGAGGCUCGGGGGCACCGUUUAGGAUUUGAAAGCGAGUGAGUGGGGAUGAUUUGCAACAUGUAAUAUUAUUAGAUUUUAACCUGAUUAAUUGACGGAUCGGUACAGUAGGCUUAUGCUUGGGUCGGGGGGGGGGGUUU